UGACGCCACUCUAACCAACUUCUCCCCUCCCCAAACAGCUCACCACCAUUAAAAGUGAAUCCCGUUUGAAGCACCUACUGUCACGGCUACCUGGAUACUGCCCUGAGUCGAUGAAUGAGCUGUUGACCUGCAUCAACUCCUCUCUACCAGGAGCCUCCAAGAAGUCUGAUGGGUGGGUGGGGCUGGGCUGCUGUGAGCUGGCCAUCUCUCCCGAGUGUCGCAGGGAUUGUAAAAAGGCGUCGUCGAAGAAUGACAUCACUAAAGUAUGCAAGAAGGAUACCGAGAAACCCCUCUACAUCUGCAUCACCAAAAACGAGAGGGGCUCCGUGUGCUGCGGCUACGCGGGCAGACACACCAACUGCAGGGAGUUCUGUCAGGCCAUCUUCAGGACGGACAUGUCCCCCAGUGCGUCCCAGAUCCAGUCGGUCAAGGACUUCUGUGAGCCCAUCAGCCCGCAGCUCAUCAGCUGCGUGGCCAACUACACCAAGUCCUACCCCGUACGCAGCCCCAUAGACAGUCUGUACUGCUGCGACCGGGCGGAGGACGCCCACUGCCAGGUGGCGUGCCGGAGGAUCCUGCGCACCCUGACGACAGAGCAGGAGAUCAUGGACGGGCUGAUCGUGGAGUGUGGCAGCGAGCCCCUCCCCCAGGACCCGCUGUGGCAGUGCUUCCUGGGCAGCGCCCACCCCCCCGCCAAGACCGACGUGGACACCCCCUCCCCCGCCAAGAUGGACUGUGCCAAGCUGCACUGCUGCGCCAAAGCCAAUACCUCACUCUGCAGGGAGAUGUGUCAGGGGAUCAGCAUUAACUGGGGCACCCAGACUUUGCUGGAGUUCGACCAGCUGUGUGAGUACAACCCUGUGGAGAUGGAGCUGAUCACCUGUCUGGCCGACGUCCGAGAACCCUGCCAGCUGGGCUGCAAGGACCUGGCCUACUGCACCAACUUCAACAACAGGCCCACAGAGUUGUUUCGCAGCUGCAACAUCCAAUCCGAUCAGGGAGCCAUGAACGACAUCAAGCUCUGGUCCAAUGGGACGAUCAAGAUGCCGUUCAUGAACAUCCCAGUCCUGGACAUCAGGAAGUGCAGGCCGGAGAUGUGGAAGGCCGUGGCUUGCGCUCUGCAGAUCAAACCCUGCUACAGCAAGUCACGAGGAGCAGUCAUCUGCAAGUCGGACUGCGUGGACAUCCUGACCCAGUGUGGCGACCACAAGCUCUUCCACGAGGGCCAGACCGCCGAGCGCAUCUGUGACCUGCUCUCCCCCACGGACGACCCCCAACGCUGCAUCCCCCUCCACAGAUACCUCACUCCCAGUUCCAUAGACAACUACAUGGGGGAAGUCAUCCACCCCUGCAACCCCAACCCCUGCCCUAGCAACCACCUGUGUGAGGUCAACAGGAAGGGUUGCCAUGACGAGCACAACUGCCAUCCUUACUUCUGUGUGCCAGGCUGUAAGCUGGGCGAGGCGUCCGAGUUCCUGGUGCCCAUGGACGCCCGCAUCCAGGUGCCCACGCGGAGCUCCCAGGUGGGCUGCUACGAGGUGUGCAACUGCAGCCACAGCGGCCGUCUGGAGGGCUGCGCCGACAUGCCCUGCGUGGACACCACCAAGACCUGCAUCGUGGGAGGACAGAGGAAGAAUCACGGUACGUCCUUCAGGGUAGACUGCCACCCCUGCUCUUGCUUCGCCGGGCAGGUCAUCUGCUCCACGCGUCAGUGCCUCAGCGCAGGCAGCUCCAACGAGGACCGCCAGCGCUUCACUGGUCUGCCUUGUGGCUGCCAGGACCGCUUCGUCCCUGUGUGUGCCAACAACGGACGCACCUACCCCAGCGCGUGUGUGGCGCGCUGUGUCGGCUUCAAGGACGACCAGUUUUUGUUUGGCCAUUGCCGUAGCAACGACCCCUGCUCCCCGAACCCAUGUGAGAAGAACAAGAGGUGCAUCCCUAACAGGCGUGUGUGCCUCAGUGACCUGCUGUCCGUGCCCUGUCACCAGUAUGAGUGCGUGGUCCGCCCCGUCACCUGCGACAAGACCCACCUGGACCCCGCCUGCGACAAGGACGGCAACCCACACACCAACCUGUGCCAGCUGUACCAGACGGGGAAGACUCUGGCCUACAUGGGCCAAUGCCAGGAUGCCUGCAGGAAGCCCCAGCCCGUGUGCGGCCACAACGGCGAGACGUACAACACCGUCUGCGAGGCCUUCUCCGACCGCGUCGCCGUCGACUACGAGGGCCCGUGCAACGCUGUGGGGGCGGUGUUUGAGUUUGCGUCCGACUCGGGGUGCAACAUGACCCCCUGCCCCCCCCUCUCCACUCCGGGCUGCACCCCCGUCAUGCCCCCAGGUGCCUGCUGCCCUCUGUGUGCUGGCAUGCUGCAGAUCCUCUGGAGCAGCUUGCAGAUGGACGUCUUCGCUAAACUGAACCACGGCAAGCCGGUGACCGUGCACGACGUGCUGCGGGUCCUGCGGCUGCACGUGUCCGUGCCGCAGUGCGACAUCUUCGGCUACCUGAGCAUCCACUCGGAGCUCGUCGUCCUUGUCGUCCCCGUGGAUCAACAGCCCACGCCGCUGCAGAUUGAAGCCUGCAGCAAGGAGGCGGAGAAGAUCGACGCGCUCAUCAACUACGGCAGCCCCACCCUCGUAUCCCACGUCCCCCUCUCCGCCUUCCUCACCUCCGAGGUCAUGACCUCCACCGUCGUCUCCGCCGGGGCACCCAGGGCGGCCCCCUCCCCCCUGGCCCUAUGCCUGGCCUUGGGCCUGCUCCUCACUCUAGCCCCAGGCUCCAACCGGGCCUAGGCCACCGCUAAUCCAGUCCCACCGGCCAGCCUCCCUUUCCAGGAAGCUGGUGGCGGAACUCAGGGCUCUGACUCGCUGGGUCUGUCCUGUGACAGGAGCCCUGGAGAAGCUUUGAAGCUUUUGACAAUCAUUCCCGUGGACG